AAUUAAUAAUUUUAUUAAACGUGCUAACAAUAAUGAAUAAAAAGGGGUCAGUGAUGUUCUCCCCUUAUGUGCACUUGGAAGAGUGGGUGUUCCUGACAGUAGCAACCCACUCUGAGGGAUAACAAGCAAUGAGAGAAAAUUAAUAUUAUAAUGAGAAGUGGACCUAUCCUAAUGAGGGGCUGGGGAAUCCAAAUCACCCCCAGCCCUAGACAAUUUAAUAAAAGAAUUUAUCCCCACCCAAACCUAAAUAGAACACAAUGGGCAGGAAUUCACCUAGAUAAAGUGGUCUAGGUGGGGUAAAUUUUUGGCAGAGGUCAGUAAGUUCCUUCAAAGGCUAGGAUUUGAACAAGCAAAUAGGACAGGGAAAAAGCCUGGAUCUCCCCCAUAACUGAUUAUUAAUAAUCAUCUCAUAGGGCUGGUAUCAUCUAUUAGAUAUCACCCAAUUUCUGGCGCAUGAGAAAUCUAAGAACUGGCAGCCCUUAUGAAACUAUGUAAGACGGCAGGCAUUUUGCUGCCCAGGUAGCUGGUAGAGACCCAAGCUGGGACCAAAAAACUACAGCACCACUGCCUCUAAGCCUUCUGAAGUUCCUGUUGGCUACAGAAAUUUCCUUCUGUAAAUCUUAUUAGGAUGUUUAAGUUCUGUAUCUAGCUUGCUUUUUUUUACUCUGGGAGUGGCCAUUAGUUUAUUACACCAUCACCUCUAAUGCUUAUUUGUAGAAAAUGAUACAGAAAGGAGAAUUUGAUCAACAUCUUCAGCCAGCUAUGUGCCAGGCCUUAUGCUCAUCCCCGGAGACACAGUGACAAAAUGCAAACAAGCCUGGCCCUCAAGGAGCUUACAUUCUAGCCUCUGGAGACAACACAGACACGCAUAGAUAGGUACAUGCAAAAUUGAUAAAAGGUGAUUUUAAAGUAGUUUCUUAACUUGGGUUCUGUAAACCUGGUUUUACCAGACUGCCCACGUGACACAGAAACAAGCUAGGAUCCUAUUUUAGUCAAAUAAGCAUUUAUUAAGCACCAACUAUAUGCACGAGGUAUUGUGCUAAGUGCUGGGAAUACAGAAAAGCAAGAGCCAGUGCCUGCCCCUGACGACGUCGAUCUAAUAUGGAAGGCAACAGUCCAAUAAAUAUGUACAAGCGAGCUAUGCACAGGAUAAAAAGGCAAUAAUUGAGAGGGAAGGCACUAGCAUUGAGAGCGAGUGGGAAAAGCCUUCUGUGGAAAGUAGGAUUUUGGAGGCAGCUAGGUGGCACAAUGGAUAGAGCACCGCCGCCUCAGACGCAUUAGCCCCAUUGCCUCGAAAAAACAAGAGCAGGAUUUUAGCUGGGACUUGAAGGAAGCCAGGGGAGCUAGGAGGCAGAGAUGAGGAGGGACAGGUGUCAAGCACGGGCUACUUGGCAGGAAAGGCUUCGAAUAUAGGAGGCCCCUUUUGAAAGAGGAAAACCAAAGCCACCGGGACACUAGGAUAGCAGUCGCAGCGGGUGGCCAGGGCGAAGGCAUGGAGCGCCGGUUUAGCUAGCCCCUCAGCGUGCAACCGGGGCGUGCGGAUACUAUGUAGCAAGGUGGGGAAGGGAACUUGUGCGGCGAAGACCGAGGAGAGUUUGCGUGGUGGGAUGCCGGGGGUUCUUCCAAGCCACCCCUUCGCUUAGCUAAGACCGCAGCCUCCGAGCCGGCGCAGUGUGGUCAGCCGUGCUGCUCGCAGCUGGCGUCUCCCCGAUCGGAGCGCGAGCUCCUGGACGGGGGGACGUCCCCCCACUUCUUUCCAACCGAGCACUCCGCAUGGCGAAGAACUGGCACACAGUAGGUGCUUAAUACAUGCUUCUUGACUUGACAUCUCCUCUCACGCCUCCCCUCCUCAGUCCCUUAUCACCUCUUCCCGAUUCUGCUGGGGAUAAUCUGCUAAUAACUAGGACCUAACUGGUCUCUUCAGGCGAGGCCCCUCUCCAAUCCAGUCUCAACAGACACGCAGCAAGCGCCCCAGGAGGCGGCGAGCAUGCGCGCGAGCCGCCCCGGCCCCGUGCCUACGCUUCCCAGAAGGACUUGCGGCAGCGUCCCGAGGGCUCAGGGUGCUCUUUCGUGGCCUCUUCCAGUCGGCUUCGUCCUCAGCAAUCGCUGGGAUUGCGGCCGGGCCGGAGCCCUGCGUCCCACGUCUACGCGGGGAGCCGGAGGCUGGGAGGGCUGACGGACAGCGGCGCCCUCUGCCUGAAUGUUAACCUUAGAGAAGGCUAGCGGCCUCUCGGGAGCACGCGCAGUACAUCUCCCGCGCCUGUAGAAGGCACGCCCCCACAGGAGGGAACCCGCCCAUCGGACAGCCUCGGGGUGGAGCCAGAGCUCCUUCGGCCCCGCCCCAAACACGUGGGUCAAGGGUCCUUUUCCCUCCCCCGCUCCGCCCGGGAGGCUCGGCCCUCCUGGCCUGGAAGGAGUGAGGCAUGGCUCCCGGGCCUGAGGGCUCCGUGACCUUCCAGGACGUGGCCGUGACCUUCACCCCCGAGGAGUGGGGGCGCCUGGCUGCCCCCCAGAAGGAGCUGUACCGGGAGGUGAUGCUGGAGAACUUCGGGCACCUGGCCUGCCUGGAUUUGGAGGUGAUAUUUGAAACCAAGGCAUCAACUCCAAAGCUCGACAUUUCUAUCGAAGAAUCAUCUCUGGAAAGAAUCAAAAGGGAACUUCCUUGUGUCUCAAAGUUGGGAGAAACUUCAGAAUAUGAGGCUGGGUUAAAGAGACUGCAGAGCAAUGAGGACACACAUUCUAGAAUUCAUACUGGAGAGAAAUCUUAUAAAUGUAAUGAAUGUGGGAAGGCUUUCUACCAGAACUCACAACUUUUUGUACAUCAUAAAAUUCAUUCUGGAGAGAAACCUUAUGAAUGUAAUGAAUGUGGGAAGGCCUUCAAACUGAUCAUAGAUCUUACUCUGCAUCAGAGAUUUCAUACUGGACAGAAAAGUUAUGAAUGUAAUGGAUGUGCAAAGGUCUUCACUCGGAUGACAGAUCUUAUUCUACAUCAAAGAAUUCACACUGGAGAAAAACCUUAUGAAUGUAAAGAAUGUGGGAAGGCUUUUCGAGGGAGCUCACAACUGACUCUACAUCAGAGGAUUCAUACUGGGGAGAAGCCUUAUGAGUGUCUUAAAUGUGGGAAGGCUUUCACCCAGAGCUCACAGCUGACUCGACAUCAGAGAAUUCACACUGGAGAGAAACCUUAUGAAUGUAAUGAAUGUGGGAAGGCCUUUCCUUGGAUAACACAUCUUACAUUACACCAGAGAAUUCACACUGGAGAGAAACCUUACAAAUGUAAAGAAUGUGGGAAGGCUUUUCGAAGGAGCACAGGACUUACUGAUCAUCAGAGAAUUCAUACUGGAGAGAAGCCUUUUGAAUGUAAUGAAUGUGGGAAAGCCUUCAGACGGAGCACAGGACUCACUGAUCAUCAGAGAAUUCACACUGGAAAGAAACCUUAUAAAUGUAAUGAAUGUGCAAAGGCUUUCAAUCGGAUCCCAGAUCUUAUUCGACAUCAGAGAAUUCAUACUGGAGAGAAACCUUUUGAAUGUAAUGAAUGUAGGAAGGCCUUUACACAAAUCACAGAUCUUACUCGACAUCAGAGAAUUCACACUGGUGAGAAACCUUAUGAAUGUAAUGAAUGUGGGAAGGCCUUCCAUGGGAGUUCUCAACUUACUAGGCAUCAGAGAGUUCAUGCUGGAGAGAAACUUCCUGAAUCCAAUGGAUGUAGAAAGGUGUUUCAUGAGAAUGAACUACUUGCCAUACAUCAGAGAAGUCAUACUGGAGAAAAACAUCACAGGUGCCACAAGUGUGGCAAGACCUCCAACCAAAACCUAGAACUUAUUCCACCUCAGAGAAUUCAUACCAGAAAGAAACCUUAUGAAUGCAAUGAAUGUAGAAAGGCCACUUGUGGCAGUUCCCAGCUUUCUUGACAUCAGAGGAUUCAUACUGGGAAGAAACCUUAUGAAUGCAAAGAAUUUGAGAAAGUUCUUUGUCAGAGUAUACAACUUAAUCAACACCACAUAAUUCCUACUAGAGAAUAGCUUUUGAUUGGUAAAGCCUUAUGAAGGAAUGAAUGGGGAAGAUUUUAUCUAGAGCAUGCACUGAAAUUUAGAAAAAUUGAACUAAAGGAAAGCCCUAUAGAUGAAAGAAUUCCAGGUACAAUUUCCCACAAUGGCUUUUGCUUCUCUCUUUAAGUUCCUAGCUACUCUCCUAUCUCACAUUGAAAGUUAUAAUUAUUUGUUGAGACUGUUGUGGAAAUCUGACCAGAGCUUCCUCUUUCAAAUUCCCCUUUAACAUUCUCAGAAUCAUUACCUACUUUCUUCCAGUCAAAGAGGAAGGAAUAUCCUUCCUCCUUUAAGUUGUAAAUCUUCUGCCUUUCAUACUUUAUCCAAUCCCUUGUCUGACUAUCUAGGACCUAGCUUGAUCCAUUUCCUCUCUUUUAUGCAUCUUCAAUCUAGCUUCCUCUAAACAUGCUUAGGUCUCACCAGCACUCUUCUCCCACAUACCACUCAAGGCCACCACUCUUCAAGGGCUAUCUCUAGCUCUCCUCCUUACUUUCCCCUCCUUGAAUCUCCAAAUGUAUAAACCUUUUUUUUUCCCUGGAAAAUUCCAGGCCUUUCAUAUUUUCCUUUACUCCUUGCCUUUCAGUUUGGUAUUUCAUACUGUUAUACCUUUCCUCUUCCCACCUCCUUCACACCUUCUUUUCCCUUUUCAGAACUCAGGCUUGGUUUUUUCUCAUAUCUUCAUCUUUUCUCUUCCUUAGGGUUUGCCCUUUUCCAGCCCUUUAAAUUGAGUGUUGUGAGUGGUUUUGCCCUUGGCCUUUUUUCCUUUUCAAAAAUCUUUUUUAAUCCUGAUAGAACUAAGGUGUUAUUAACAACACCAUCACCACCUCCUACAAAGUUAUAAUAAGAACAUAAGGUAGGAAUCUGGAAAAAGAAAGGAUUGGUUGAGUUCGAGCAGCAGUAAGUUUCAUUCUACAGAAUAGCCACCUUUACUUUUAGAAAAUAUUUUGGCAGAACCAGGAAAACUAUACAGUGACUGCAAUAAUAUAAAUAAAAAGAACCAGAAAAAUUCAUUAAAUCUGGAACUUGUACAAUGAUAAUGACUAAGCUAGGCCCUAAAGAAGAGAUAUGAGAAUGCACCUCCCCCUUCCCUCUAUGAAAUAGUUUCAUAUACUGUUUGUUAUAAGAGAUGGUUUUCUAGGUAGGCAAGGUCUAUUGAAAAAAAAAGGUGAUAUAAAAUUGAAAAAUUACUAGUAAACAUGUCCUAGAAACCAGAAGUGAUUAAAAAAAAACAACUUGGACUUCCGCUUCCGGGAGCCAAGAUGGCGGAGUGAAAAGGUAGUUGUUCUCAUUCUCCCUAUCAACCUAUGAAAACCCAGAAAAUAUAACCCCAGAAAAAAAACCCUGGAACAGCUGAACUAGAGGAAAGACAGGGAAUGGUAG